AGACUCUUGUAAAUCUGAUGUCCACACACACAACUUUCUUCCCUCUGAUUAGGUUGCAAGUCUUUUGAGGAUAGGGACUGUCUUGUCGUUACCUUUGACUUCCGUCAGUACCUCGUUCCUUGUGUGAGCAGCUAUUUACUAAAUGCUUGUUACAGAAGUGUCCUUGAUCAAACAGGGUCACUAAUGGCUAAUAAUCUAGGUGAGGGAUAUAUUUGGAAACCGGUCUCUUCUACUUUCUGUACAUAUUCUUACAUCUACACCAGGAUAAACAGCUGUGUGAAGAGUGAUGAGCGCACACUGGAGGAGCUGGAAACAGAAGGCGAGAGGCAGCUGAAGAGCCUGCUUCAGCAUCAACUUGAUACCUCUGUCUCCAUUGAAGAAUGUGUAUCUAAGAAAGACAGUUUUGCUCCUGGCACAAUGUAUAGGCCCUUUGGGAAAGAAGCAGCUGGGACUAUGACUUUGUCCCAGUUCCAGACACUACACGAAAAGGACCAGGAAACUGCUUCUCUCAGGGAACUAGGGCUUAAUGAAACAGAAAUCUUAAUCUGGAAAAGCCACGUGUCGGGGGAAAAGAAGACAAAACUGAGAGCAACUCCUGAAGCAAUACAGAAACGUCUCCAAGAUAUUGAAGAAAGGAUUUCAGAGCGUCAGCGCAUCCUUUGCCUGCCACAGAGAUUUGCAAAGAGCAAACAGCUGACCCGGCGGGAAAUGGAAAUAGAAAAAUCUUUAUUUCAGGGAGCUGAUCGUCAUUCCUUCCUUAAGGCUCUUUAUUACCAAGCAUACCACAAAAAGACAAGUGCAGACAAGUACAUGACCUCAAUGAAGAGGAAGAUAAAAUUAGGCACAAAAGGCUGUAUUGGUAGGUUUUGUAGAACUUCGCUAUCUCUUUGUCUUGAUCCAGAUGAACCCCAUAAGAAGAUCAAAGGUGAUCCCAUGAACAACCUGGAAAAUUUUUACCACGAGAUGAUAAUGAAAAAACGUCUUGAAGAGUUCCAACUUAUGAGAGGUGAACCCUUUGCUUCCCACUCACUGGUCUCAGCCUCCUCAGUGGGAGAUAGUGGCACAGCUGAGAACCCAUCAUUUCUCAAGGACGAGGGAAAACAGGCAGCACAGGGUAAAGGUCCAGGUCUCCAUGUGGCAAAAGUUAUUGAUUUUUCACCUGAGCAGUGUUGGACUGGGCCUAAGAAGCUGACGCAGCCGAUAGAAUUUGUCCCAGAAGAUGAGAUCCAGAGAAAUCGUUUAUCAGAGGAAGAGAUCCGCAAAAUUCCUAUGUUUUCUUCAUAUAAUCCAGGGGAGCCAAACAAGGUGUUGUACUUGAAGAACCUUAGCCCUCAGGUAACUGAAGCAGAUCUUAUCUCGUUGUUCGCUCGGUUCCAGGAGAAAAAAGGACCUCCAAUUCAAUUCCGAAUGAUGACUGGACGAAUGAGAGGGCAGGCUUUUAUCACCUUUCCCAAUAAGGAGGUAGCAUGUCAAGCAUUGCAUCUGGUAAAUGGAUAUAAACUGCGUGGGAAAAUAUUGGUAAUAGAGUUUGGAAGGAACAAAAAACAACAAUCAGAUCUCCAACCUGCUACUCUCAUAUCAUCUGCUACAGACAUUACUACAGAAAACAAUGUUAGCUAGAAUAUAUUAUCCAUUUUAGGUUCUGAAUGGUCUUCCUUGCAUCACAAAUUUGGAUUUGGGAUUUCUGUUUAAAUAUAAAUUUGUUUGAUGUUGAAAAAGAGAAUGCUUAACAAAGAAAAUGUUAUUUGGGACAAUUACUUUUGGCUUUUGAAGACAAUUUGGAGAAAACAUUUUAUGUAAUAAAAGACCAUAUAGAAUAGAGGAUAUACUGAAGGCAAAGGGUGAUGUACAAAAAGCAUUAUUUUCUCAGGAUAAAUUACAAUGGAUUUUUCCUGAGGAUUUUUUACAUCUUUAUAAUUGGGGAGAUAGAUUUCGUAGAUAUUUGUCCCUACAGAUAACAUUUUUUCAGUAACGUUUCCUAUAUACAGAACCGAAGAAGUUGUUAAAAAUGAUAUAUUUCUUUACUGGAACUCAUAUUUCCCUAAUUUUAUCCACCCAGUAAGUAAAAGAAUACAUCAACAGUUAAAUCUUACAUCUGAACUAGCAGCUGUAACAGUAGGUAGGGUCAUAAAUAGUCACCAUAUUUAAUGAAUGCUUCCCUAUUAAGUAAUCAGGGUUUGCAAAAGCUAUAUAUUUUUCUAAGAAAUUUUUAGAUCAAAAUAUUUGUGUUCUCACAGCCAUUUAAGUUAGCUACCACUGAGUAAUCAUUGAAUUUAAAGCAAUAAUUUUUUGAAAACUGUGCUUAAUACAUGUUAAAUAGAAGUUGUUAUAUGAAUUUUAGAAGGGAAGCAUACUAGCAAAGAAUGCUAAAGGGACAAGGGAAGAAAGAAUUUUCUAGAAAAAAGUAGACAGUCAAAUCCUUUGGUAGUUUGUUAAUGGUUGCUGAAGAAUAGAUGUGGUAUCAAGGAAGAGGUUUAGAGUCAGACUUGUGUUUAAAUUCACAGCCACACUCAAUGCAUUCAGCUUGGAAAAUCACUUAAUUUGAACCUCAGCUAUCUAUAAAAUGAGGCUGAUAAUUAGUUAUCCAAUUAUAUUGUGAGGAAUAAAUGAGAUUAUAUUUUCAAAGCUGAGGAACAGAAAGAAUGAAUGAAUAAACUUGAACAUAGUUCCAUAAAUAGUAGCUAUAAAUGCUCCAAAUCUACACAUUCUAAAAGCUAAGCAACCUCAACAUAGGAAAAAUUAAAAGAAAUCCACAGACACAGUGAAAUAAAAAUGCUGAAAUCCUAACACAAAGGGAAAAGCUUGACAGCAUCACAAGAAAAAUGAACCAUCACUUAUUAAGGAACUCCAACAAUAUUAACAGCUAAUUUCUCAUCCAAAAAUGGUGAUGGGGCAGUGAUAUAUUCAAAGUACUCAAAUAAAAUAACUGUCAACCAAAAGUUACAUAUACACUAAAACCAUUUUUCAAAAAUGAAGGUGAAAUAAAACAUUUCCGUAUUAUCAGAAAUUUGUCAGACCUGACUUAACAGCAGCUAAUUAAGUUCUUCCGAUUGAAAACAAGUGACCUCAGAGAGUAAUUUAAAUCUACACACACACACACAUGCUAAUACACACAGAGUACAGGCAAAAGCAGUCACCUAAACGUAUGUUUCAUUCAUUAACUUAUUUAAAAAGCAAAUGUAUAAAACAACAUUUAUAUAGUUGCAUUGCUUGGCCUAUAACAUACAAAAAUGUAACAUAUUUGCCAGUAAAAGGAGGUAGAUGGAAGUAAUCUUGUAGUGUAUUAAAGAACUAACCAGAUGAUAACUCAAAUCCAUAGGAAUAAGUAAAGAUAGCAGGAAAUGGGAAAUUACCAUACAAGAACUGUAAAUAUAACCUUGCUCUUCUUUCUUAGCUUCUCUAACAGGCAUAACAUUAUAUUAAAUAUAAUAAUAUACAAGAGGACUUCAAAAAGUUUGUGGAAAUAGUUAUAAAUUUGGUGAAAAACUUCCUCCUAAAACCCAUGUACAAUUUUUCAUAAUACAACUUUUCUAUGAACUAUUUCAGGAUCAUUCAUAUUGUUAGGCUGAUAAUAUAUGUAGAAAUCACAUACAACAGUAAUAGCAGACAAAGUAAAUAGAGGAAUGAAAUUAUGCAGGAACAAGAUUUCUAUGUAAGUUAGUAUCUAUGUAAAGCAGAUUCAGUUUAUUUAAGAUAUAUGUGUGUGUGUGUGUCCUUAGAGCAGCCACUAAAGAAAUAACUUUUAAAAACAUUGAAGUGUUAUGAAAGAAAUUGAAAUGUCACAUUAGAAAAUACUCAAUGCAAAAGAAAUAAAAGAAAGACUAGAGAAAUGAAACUUGGGACAUAUAGAAAGUGAAUAAUAAAAUAGCAAUCAUAAAUUCCCACAUCAGUGGUAACAGUGUGAACAGAGUAAGCAAGCAAUUCAAUCAAAAGAGAAAUUGUCAAUGUAGAAAAUACCCAAAACUGUGCUAUUUAUCAAAGACACAGUUUGCAUUGGAAAAAAAUGGAGAGAUUGGAGCUAAAAGAAUGGAAAACAAAUACAUUAUGCAAACAGCAAUUAUAAGUGAAGUAGCUGCAGACAAAAUAAUCUUGGAUAUGAGUAGACAUUAAACUUGUACCUAUUUAUGGGCUGUUAUGUGAUAUUUCAUUACAUGUAUACAUUGUGUAUGUCCAGUCAGUGUAAAUAUAUUUUUCUUUUCAAGCCUUUACUAUUUCUGCAUAGUGAGGACAUCUUAUAUCAUAUAUCCCAGGUUCUCUUUACAGAGAAAUAUGCAAUAUAUUAACAUUAUAUGUAGUCAUCCUAAUGUGAAAGAAAAAAAAAACAGAACUUCUUACUCUUAUCUAGAUAUAACCUAGUAAUCAUUAAGUUAAACAGUGACAUUUUAUCUGGAUAAAAUGGCCUAUUUAUCAGGAAGAUGUAGCAGUUAUGAACAUGUGUGCAUACAACAGAGCCCUAAAAUACAUGGGAAAAAAAACUGAAAUAAAUGAAAGAAGAAAUAGACACAUCUGCAAAAAGUUGGGAUAUUCAUACCCAUUUUCAGUAACAACUAUGUAGAGGACACAACGUGCACUAUAAGCCAAAUCUAAAGA